UUUUGGCGUAGAGUUUGAGAGUCGGCGGCCACUGUGCGCAGUGGCAAAGAUGGCACUAGCUGUCUUUAUAGCUACUUUACUGCUCUGCUCUACUGUACUGGGUCAAGAGGCCUGCCGAGAUGGAGAAUUCUACACUAACGCAAACAUGGGGUGUCAGUCUUGUUCUGCAGCGUGCGAAGACCGAUGGGGAGACAGCUAUUGCACUGGGCCGGACAGCGAGGACUGCGUGUCACGUUGUGGGGUCUACGAAGAGAACGGCCCUCCUGUUCCCGUACUCAGCGGUGCCGGUCUGUACGUGGAGGACGGAGAUCACAACGAGAUCUUUCUUAUGUCUGAGGCCGAGAUCACUCUCGUCACGCGGGACACCACCGACUUUCAGCAGGUCCUUUUGAACGCCACGUACCUCUACCCAGGUGUCCAGCAGUCGUACUCCAAUGGAACUCUAAAACUCGUGGGGUCUGCAUCUGUGGGCGAAUACACUAUGAUGUUCCGCAGUAUAAGGUUUUCAGUGGACCACUCUCAUGGGGAGGAAGAGCUCGACUUGCAAGAUCGACGGAUCAUGUUUGAGAUAUCAGACGGGAGGCAGUGGAGUGCUCCAGCCUUUGCCACCAUCACCAUUGUCCCUAUCAAUGACAACACUCCUGACAUUAUCCUCGUUCCUCGCGGAGAGGCAUUUGAGGAAGGAUCUACCAGCAGUGUUGAGCUGCUGGAGGACAUGGUUCUGAUGGAUCUAGACCAACAACAGAAUAUCACAGAGGCCAAGAUUGAAAUCAGUGGCCGUUGUGACUCUCUCUCUGAGAACAUAACAGUGAAUAUCCCUCAUGGAAGUGGCAUAGUUCAAAACUCAACAGGGCCUUGCAUAGUGCUGACUGGGAGUGGAACAUUGGAGACUUACAGACAGAUACUGUUGUCAGCUAGGUAUCAUGAUGGAGCAGAAGAACCUGACUCUAGUGACAGAGUUGUGGUGUUCACUGUAUCUGAUGGUGUGUUCGAUGUAGUUGCAAAUAUCAGCCUGAGAAUCACGACAGUUGAUGACAACCCAACAAUACUCAUUGUCAAUGGGAGCGGAAAUUAUGCCUACACUGAAGGAGGUUCCCCCACUGUGUUAGCUGGUCUCUCACUGGUUGACGAGGAUUCUGGCAACAGUUUUGUCGUAGUUAACAGCGUGACUGUUCAGAUUGUGAACGGAUCUGAGAAUGAGUUUCUCCAAGUCUCUUCUAACGCAGUACCAAGCUUCACUGUGGUGGGUGGAGGACAAGAGCUGAUUCUGCAGGGACCAGCACCACUGCAAGAUUUCCAGCUACUGCUGCAGACUACCCCUCCCACAUACAGCCAGGAACCCUCAACUGAGCCACCUUGUCCUCUCCAGAGAGCCAUCUCUGUCUCAGUCAACAGCACUGGAGGACAUGGUGCUCAGUACCUUGAUACUCUGCUGGCUGUGGUAGUCACUCCCCUUGACUCUAAUCCUCCAGUGGUCACUGCCAGCAGUCUCCAACUCACCUACACUGAGAACACAAUGUUGUAUGUGUUGGAGGGAGUGGCUCUGAACGAUUCGGACCAGAAUUGUCAGAACCCACUCAUCAUCGGUGCUCGGGUGGAAAUAACCACUGAAGCAAGUGAUAAUGCUGAGGAGAUCCUAGACAUUGGCUAUAGUGACAUCAGUUGGGUCUCAGGCAACUGUGGAAACCCAGACGCUUCUACUGAGUUACAAUGGUCCACCUGCACAUCCGCUGGAGGCCAAUCUAUCCUGAUGAUAUCAGGGGCUGCCCCAAUAUCAGUGUAUGAGGCUCUUUUGAGCAGUGUCCGGUAUUCAAUCAGUGCCAUUGAACCAGACAAAGAAAGGCCAGAAAGGCAACUCGAGGUGACAGUGUGGGAUCCAGGGUAUAACCCCGGUAAUAAUCUGACUCUCCACAUCAGUGUUAUUUCCGUCAAUGAUGAGCACCCCAGAUUGGACAAUACAGUUCCCACAGUUACCUACAGGGAAGGAGGUGGACCAGUGAACCUGCUGAGUUCCACUGCUACCCUAUACGAUGACGACAACUGCCCCGAGCAUCAGUUGGUGUCUGAGAUUCGCCUCAGAGUUGCUAGCUUUGUCCCUAGCGAAGAUACACUGUUGGAUGGAGAGGGGCGGGAAAUUGCCUUUGGCCUGAAUGGUUCGUUUGAGUUUGGGUCUGGAGUUGGCUCCGGUUUCACCUCUGGUUUUGGAGACUGGGAAACGGAGCCUCUUCAACCACACCACGUCACUCUCACGUGCGACCAAUCCUCAUACCCUGACUGCUACAACAACCUGCUGCGAAGUCUCCAGUACAACAACACAGCUGAUGAGCCUUCAUCCACCAACCACACCAUCACUAUCGAGGUUGAAGACAUGGGAGGGCUUGUUCUAGAGGUUCAAGUGGAGAUUGUCAUUGAGUUUGUCAAUGAUAAUGAUCCUGAACUAUUGCUGGACGGCAGUAACUAUCUCAGAGACUACCAAGUCGAUUUCUUUGAGGGUCAAGACCACCUUGGUGGGGCAGACCCUGUUUCAUUGUCUGAUAAUUUGCUGAUAGUUGACAAUGAUGCUGACCCCCAAUUUUUAUCAUCUGCUACUAUCAACAUACAAGACAGUCAAAACGAAGACAUUUUGAUACUUCCAGAAGCUGUUAUAGAUUCGUCAGCACUCAAUAUUUCUCUAAUGGAUACUCAAAUAACUGCCACUGGAAUAGCACUAGUGGAGCAUUACGUGGAUCUUCUGUCUAAUGUGAUGUUUGUCAACAAUGCCGAUGAGCCAGGGAGAACAAACAGGACAAUUGUAAUUGAGUUGGUUGAUGACAGGGACUUCCUCGUUAGCGCCACUGUCUUUGUCACAAUCAUUCCAACAAAUGAUCCUGCCAUCUUCAAUUUCAACAGAAGUGUUGUCAUCUUUGAUGAAAUGAGCGGGAUGCCAGUGAACCUGAUAGGACCAAAUGAUACCUUGAUUGACCCCGAUGGAAAUUUCCUUGCCUGGGUCACUGUCGAAAUCGGGCCAUCCAUCGAUGAUAUGGACGUCCUGUCUGUUGAUCUUGGGACUAGUGAUCUAGCAAGUACCAAUUCUGACAACAACAUGGUUCUCACCAUCACUGGAAAUGAUGAUUUUUCAGUGUACAACACAGUGCUACGGAGCCUCAUGUUUGACAACCAGGGACCUGGUCUCAGCCUCAGGAAUCGCAGCAUCUACAUUGUGACAUUCGAUGGUGAAACUGAGUCUCCGCCCACUCUGAUUACAGUCACUAUUGAUGCCUUUGAUGACAGCCCAGUCUGUUACUUCAACUACAUGGCAACAACGUCAGUGGCUGUAGAGUUUCUGGAAGAGAGUGCUCCAAUUCUGAUUGCUUCAGGCUUCCGCUUGAGGGAUUAUGACUCACCAGACACCCUGAUCACUGAUCUUAGAGUUACACUCACUCUUAGAGAGGCCAUUGACGGAGAUAGUGAGGGAAUUAUGGCAGAGGUGACUGGAGGUGUGAUAAUGACUGAGGAACAGACUACUGAAGAAAACACAAGAGAGUACACGCUCUCCAAUGGGUCUAGCCUCAGUCAAUAUGAACAGGUUCUGCGGACGUUGAGCUAUUUCAAUACUGAGACUGAACCAAGAGAUAGUGUGAAUCGCCAGCUCUCCAUCUCUGUCAGUGAUCCGGGGUUCCAGCCCUGUUCAGUGGAUAUCUCCAUUCUCAAUAUUCCUGAUCCUCCAGUAAUACAUCUCCCUGAGAACUACACUGUGGCUUAUGCGGAGGACUCUAUUGGCAUAUUUCCACUCAACACAUCAGAUUUCUCAGUUUCAGAUGACGACAGCGUUUUUCUAUUUCAGGCCACCUUGACAGCAGGGAGUGCUAUGGGUGUCAGUGACCAGUUCUUAGCCACUGGAAAUGAUAUGCUCCGUGUUGAUGGGUCAGGCAGCAACCAACUUACCACCACAGCCAUUGGGUCACAACAGUUUUUCACACUGCGAGACGUGUUCGUCGAUUUCUUGAAGACAGUGAUGUAUGUCACCGACGACCAAACUGGAUCUUCAGAGCAUAGCAUAUCGCUAGUGGUCCAGGAAUUUCCCCUUGAAUCCAUGCCUCCUAGUCUCCCAGGGUUGAUAAGAGUGGUAGUCCUGCCUGUGAACGAUAGACCAGUUCUUCUGUCCACUCAGAGGUUCGAACAUAAUCUUACCGACUACCUUCCUCAGUCAGCUAAUGAGGGGUUCACCCCGUCAUUUAUUAUUGACAACACCAAUGUGCUGGAUAUUGAUAGUGUUACACCAGCCUUUGUUGGUGUGGCUAUUACUGCCGUCACAGACAAUGGCAGAGGUAGCUGGAUGGUGUGGGAUGAGGGGACAUGGGUCCCUUUAUUCUUUGUGUCUGAUUGCUCCCCUCAACUGGUCUCUCCUGAUGAACGAAUCAGGUUUGUACCAUCUGCUAAUCACAGUAAGACUGCCACUCAGGCAUCAAUAGUAUACCGAGCCUGGGAUGGCACCUCACUAAUUGAGUGUGAUGGGGACAUUCCUGUUUUUUCAAACCAAUCAGCAGUCAGUGCUGAGAGCGAGACAUUCACCUACCACAUAGAGUAUUUAAAUCGAGCCCCAGUCAUAACCCUGGAUCAAUACACCCUGCCGAAUACACUGGAAGACUCUCCGAGUGAUGCUGUAGUGGUUGGAACUAUCACUGAAACAGUGGCCAGUGAUAGUGACGAUAUGCACCUUGGAUUAGCCGUAACCAGUGCAGACUCUAGUAAUGGAGUAUGGGAGUAUCAAAGUAUGGGAAUGUGGGUUGAGUUCCCCACAUGGCUUUCACCACAGUCCCUACUGCUUUUGGCUAACGAUAAGCAAAUCAGAUUCGUAGCAAACUCUGAUUUCUUUGGAACCGCAUACUUCAAUGCUUUAGCAUGGGACAUGAGUGGCAACAUAAACAAUGCUGCAGCAUCUGAUCGUUACACUGGUGCCUUUUCCACUAAUACCACUACCAUCUUCAUAGAUGUUGAUAGCAUCAAUGACCCACCCGUGGUUGAGGUAGGCGUGCCAGUAGUGGAAUAUACUGAAGGUGGCCCGAGCAUUCAAAUCUUUAGAGAUCUCAGCAUAUCUGACGUGGAUAGUGAAGAGCUUGAAUGGACAGAAGUAGUUUUGGACUGCCCCAUGUGUUCCCAUUUUGAUGAAGGUAGUGGGGAUAUAGGCUCUGGCAUGAGCUUGGACUCCAGCUCAACAGAUAAAAUUCUCACUCGCCACGCUCCACCAAACUUCCUACCUAGUGUGGUAUACAGUGACUCAAUGCGUACAGUCCUCAGAGUUCAGUCAGUUGUAGGCGGCUCUCCUGCAGAGUUUGUGGUAUACCUAGAGUCUCUGCACUUUGCUAGCACCAGUCGAGAGCCUUCCAAUGCCCCACGUACAGUGGGCCUGAGAGUAAGUGACAGUCUCAACACCUCCAACAUUGCUUCAGUGAACAUUUCAAUAGUUUUGAUCAACGACGAACCGCCAAUGCUAACAUUACCCUACCCUAGAAUCACCUGGACUGAAGACUCGGGUAAUCUCCAGAUCUUUACAUCUCCAGUUACAAUUACUGAUCCUGAUAAUAGGUAUUCCCUUCUGGAUAAUGCCACACUUGAACUUCGAAACUACGAUCCGAACUUCGAAAGCCUGUCACUCAAUUGCUCACAAUUUGGACUGCUCUGUAGCUACAACGAUGGAGUAGUUGACUCUGCAGAAUAAGCAGAGCACAGAGGUGUACCAGCAGGCAAUCCAAGAAGUGUAUUACGUCAACUCUGACCCAGAGCCUGAAGGUC